AUGGGAUCGGGAGAGAGUAAGGGACACUCAAAACGAAAAACUACAACUUCCUCAGGAUUUUUGGGAAGGGGAAGACAAGUUCAGGUAAGAGCAGUCGGCCAGUUUAUAGAUCUAACACAGAGGAUCCAUAUUGUCAGGGGCACCCACGUCAAUUUUUGGAAAAUAUCUGUUCGGAAGACGAUUUGAGAUCUAGAAUUUUCGGAACAUUUGUUGUAAAAUUUCUUGCUUGCCUACCCCUCCUAGGACUUUCAAACAUCAAAAAAAUGGUAUAAUUGCCCAUUUUAAACGGAUUUUUUUUACCCUAAAAAGGUCACCUAGAAUUUACGGGAGCCCUUUUUUCUGGCUGAAAUUUUCGAAAAGGUAAGUUUUGAUCCCUAUAAUUUUCGGAUCACUAGACUUUCAGCUAGGAAAUCCGAACAGAUGAAAAAUUUUAGGGUAUAAAAAUAUGCCUAUAUCUACCGUUUUUACUAAAAUACGCUUAACGAUGCUAUGUUUAAAUGGUUUUAAACUAUAUUCUCGUUGGGUGCUCCUGAUAUUGUUUUCACCCUAUGAACUGAAAACACAACUACUUGAUGCCAAGUCGGCCAUCAAAAAGAACUAGUACUAAUUUGAAUAACGUCUAGUCACUUCUUCAGUCUGAACGCUCUUAUCUUCUGCUUCGCAAGCAUUUUGGUAUUAGGAAAUAGACAACCAAGCCAACUCAUUCAUCCCUGAUGCUAGAGACGAUGGCGCCAACAUGAGAAAUUGUGCCUUCAUUCUUAGACGACCCGGAAGGGAGUUUGUGAUCAUUUCUGGAAACGGAGAUUGGGAGUAUGAUUUCUGUGAAGACGCCGAUCGCGAGAUUUAUGGCCGCUGUGUACGCAAGCCCUUUCUGCGCUAUGCUUGGGAUGGAGCCAAGUCAGCCGUUGUUCGCAUAUUCUCCUUUGUUGCUUCAACUGCAGCAGGAUUUUUGACGGGAGGUCGCUAUGGCGGUUCGAGAGCUUUGACAAAUUAUUCAUAUUAUUAAUAACUUCCUUGUUUACUUGCGUGUAAAUACAAAGAACAAGUUACAUCAUUUUAGUCUUCUCGAGUUGAGUUAGCUUAGUUUGCUAUUUAGCUGUGCAGUUUACACAACUGUAGCUCCCAUAGAAGGGGCUCAACCUCUUAGUAAUUCUUUGUACAAGAGGUCAGUGAGUGUAACUCCCUCGCUUUCUUUAAUGUUUCAGUCCAACGCUGUAUUUUUCGUAAUUCGUUUUAUUUUAAAUAAGCUUUUGCUUUGUUCUUAG